GAAUGAUGAAAUGGAGAAGGAUACUUACCUUAAAUCCCCAAUCCAGCAAAAUUGUAGUUUAAUAAAAGAGGAAAAUGGCAAACGAGUGGGGCCCAGACCGUCAUUCCGCAGUUCCAUCUCGGGGGGAUAUGCUUUGCUCUGGCCUUCAAAUUCCUCGACUGCCUCAACAAUUCCAAUCUUCUCUACAAAAAUUCUUUCCCUUUGCUGCCUGCGCAAUAUGGGUAUUGAUACGCUGUUCUUCCAAGAAUUGGCCUUUACUGUCGGGCUAUCUCUGAUGAUCACUUUCUUGCUCUGCAAAUUCUUCUCCUCUGUUGUUGUCGAAGAAGACAGGAACAUGAGCUUCUGUUGCGGGGGUGCGAUUCCAAAAGCAGCUUCAAAUCGAGCAAUGGACGGUGGGGAGAUGAGAAUUCAACAUGGCGUGGUGCAAUUUGGUGAUCGUGUGAAGGAAGAGCGUGGGGUGUUUGAGGAAGAUGAGGCAGUGAAAGUAGGGGAAGAGUUGGGAAAAGAUCAAGAAAGUAUUUUGGGGUGUGAUGGAAUGGAGCAGAAAGUGUUUGAUGAAAGUCCCGUGAGAGGGAAUUUUGGAGUUGAAGAUGAGGCAGUAAAAGUAGAUGAGGAGUUGGCAAAAGAUCAAGAAAAUCUCUUGGGGUGUGAUGGAAUGGAGCAGAAAGUGGCUGAUGAAAGUUCCGUGAGAACAAAGUCUCGCGAAAUCGAAGUAGAAUUGGGGGACAUGGGUGGAGGGGAUUCUGGGGAAAUUGGGAUUGAAUUUGGUGAGAGGGAAGGAGUGGGAAAGGCACCCAACAAGAUGGAAAAUGAGAGCAGUGAGGAUAAUGAUGGGCUGUUUGAUGAUGAUUGGGAGGAUAUAGAAAGAACAGAGCUGGAAAAGAGCUUUGAUGCUGCAGUGGUGUUUGUGGAUUCUAAUGCAAAUUCUGACCAAUUUGACAAUGAAUUUAAAAUGCAGCUUUAUGGCCUUCACAAGAUUGCUACUGAUGGACCUUGCUCCACUGCUCAGCCCAUGGCUCUGAAGGUUUCAGCUCGUGCAAAAUGGACUGCUUGGAAUAGCCUAGGGGACAUUAGCAGGGAGGAAGCCAUGGAACAGUAUAUAGCUCUUCUGUCAAGUGGCAUUACUGAUUGGAAGAAUGAGCAGUGACAGUCAUUCAUGAUGGUCCCACUUCGCGGCGAAGGUUGUUUAACGGAUGCAUCAGCCAUCCUUUCCUCUGGUUAUCUUAGGAUUUAAAGCUCAGACAUGGCAGCCAUGUCUAAUGUAUAUAUGACAGUGUAUUAUGUUAUCUAUGAAUAAUCAUUUAUCAACUUGAAGUUGGUGAGCUAUUUGUUUGCUAAGAGCCAAUGAAUUAUAUCAAUGAAGCUCCUGAUGAAGGAUUGGUAUUUCUUAA